AUGGCAGACUCGGGACCCCACCACCACAGCGGCGGCGCGCAGGACAACGACCCCGCCUCGAAGCACAAGAAGCCGCAGCAGAAUAAUGCCAAUGCAAGCUUCCCCGAGUACGCCCGCAGGACAGCAGAGAAGCUGCCCCCACCAACUUUCAUAAUUCUCGCUCUCCUCUUCGGUUUGUACAUAAUUUUUUCCUCGAGCCAACAAAACCAGCGGUCAGCAGCAGACCUUUCUUCUCCUCCCGUCGCCCCUUCCGUUGUCACCACCACAAUCUACCAAGAACAUCAACCAUCUUCAACUCCCAAAGUCGUCGUUGAUACCUCUCCCAAAAUGUCUACCGAGCAGACCUUCAUUGCCAUCAAGCCUGACGGCGUUCAGCGCGGCCUGAUCGGCCCCAUCGUCUCUCGCUUCGAGACCCGUGGCUUCAAGCUCGUCGCCAUCAAGCUCAUGACCCCCGGCAAGGAGCACCUCCAGGCCCACUACGCCGACCUCAAGGACAAGCCCUUCUUCGCUGGUCUCAUUGAGUACAUGAACUCUGGCCCCAUCUGCGCCAUGGUCUGGGAGGGCCGUGACGCCGUCAAGACCGGUCGUGUCCUUCUCGGUGCCACCAACCCCCUUGCCUCCGCCCCCGGCACCAUCCGUGGCGACUACGCCAUCGACGUCGGCCGCAACGUCUGCCACGGCUCCGACUCCGUCGAGAACGCCAAGAAGGAGAUUGCCCUCUGGUUCAAGGAUGGCGAUGUCGUCUCCUACAAGGCUUCCCAGUUCGACUGGAUCUACGAGAAGCCUUAA